AUGGGCGAAGUUGCGACCAAGGGCGAUUUUGCCAUCAAGCCCGAGAAUGUUACUCAAACCAUUUCGACCGAGGACUGGCCUCUGUUGCUGAAGAAUUAUGAAAAGCUCCUCGUUCGAACAGGGCACUUCACCCCAAUCCCCUGUGGGUGCACACCCUACAAGCGCGACCUCAAAUCCUACAUCUCCUCCGGCGUCAUCAACCUUGACAAACCCUCCAACCCUUCCAGUCACGAAGUAGUAGCAUGGGUCAAGCGUAUGCUCCGCGUCGAGAAGACCGGCCACAGUGGUACACUGGAUCCCAAGGUUACGGGAUGCCUUAUCGUCUGUAUUGAUAGGGCUACGAGGCUCGUCAAGUCACAACAAGGCGCCGGAAAAGAGUAUGUCUGCGUUAUCCGGUUCCACGACAAGCUGCCUGGCGGCGAAGCUCAGUUCGCUCGAGCUCUCGAGACCCUUAGCGGCGCGCUCUUCCAGCGUCCACCAUUGAUCUCAGCAGUCAAGCGUCAACUGCGUAUCCGGACGAUCUACGAGAGCAAGCUGUAUGAGUUCGACAACGACCGACAUUUGGGCGUUUUCUGGGUCAGCUGCGAAGCCGGCACUUACAUCCGAACCCUCUGUGUUCACUUGGGUCUGCUCCUUGGCGUGGGUGCUCACAUGCAGGAGCUGCGGAGAGUACGGUCCGGAGCCAAGGACGAAUCCGAGGGCAUGGUCACUCUCCACGAUGUUUUGGACGCUCAAUGGACGUAUGAUAACCAGCGUGAUGAAUCAUAUCUCCGCAAAGUCAUCUCGCCACUUGAGUCGCUGCUUACCACCUACAAGCGCAUAGUCGUCAAGGACAGCGCUGUCAACGCCAUUACAUAUGGUGCGAAGCUAAUGAUCCCUGGCCUGCUACGGUUUGAAGCAGGUAUUGAGGUGCACGAAGAAGUUGUCCUCAUGACCACGAAGGGCGAGGCUAUUGCUCUGGGCAUUGCUCAAAUGUCUACCGUUGAACUCUCCACAUGCGAUCACGGUGUUGUGGCCAAGGUCAAGCGCUGCAUCAUGGAGCGAGACCUCUAUCCCCGACGAUGGGGCAUGGGCCCUGUCGCUCUCGAGAAGAAAAAGAUGAAGUCUGAUGGCAAGCUUGACAAAUACGGCCGACCAAACGAGAAGACCCCGUCCACCUGGACCGCAGGGUAUACCGACUACAACGCUGCUGAUUCUGGCGAGGCCGGCACCUCUGGCGCCCCUCAGGCAGAGACCACCUCUAAAUCCGAUGUUCUAUCUGCCCCUCCCAUCGCACCCAAUGGUGACUCCGACGGUGAUCUUGAUAUGGCUGACACUGCCCCAACCCCCGUCAAGGCGGAAGCGAACGGCGAGGUGAAAGAUAAGAAGCGCAAAAAGCAUGAUGGUGAGACGGCCGAGGAGCGCGCCGAGCGCAAGAAGGCAAAGAAGGAGAAGAAAGAGAAGAAGGAGAAGCGAAAGAGCAAGUCUAAGGACGACAGCGACAGCGACUGA